CCUGCAGCCGACGUCCACGAGACAGCAACUCCAUAGUGGUCCGGGAGCCCAAACUAUUAAGGACCUAAACCGGAGGACCCGACCAGUGCAACAAUGGAAACUUUCUAACACGGAGAACCUGGACAUUAUACGCUGUCGAGCUCCGCUUCCGGACGAAGUUCGGGUUGUUUUUCGUGCAUGCGUAAGGACUUCUGCAGGACCACCGUAACUUCUGGACCCCCACCCCCACCCGGCACCAAAAGGCAGUAAGACCCCCCAACCCCCCACUUGCGCUGACCUUCAUGGAGUAACCAACCUUAUCAGACGCGGUUUGUUCGGUUUACGUUCGGGUUCGUUCGGUUUUCGGGGUUCGGGUUCGUGGACUGAGUAUGAAUUAUUUUUGCGCUCCUCCAUUUUUGUGGAGAGUUGCGCGCGUCGCGCUGGGAUAAGGAAUGCAGCGGAGGAGACCGGAGACAUUCAACCCAGAUAAGGGCUUAAUUCACCCGCUCAUACUCACUCAUUCAUAUCUAUGAUAUAGUCGCUGAGUGGAAGUGCGCUUCCCCCCCCCCCCCCAUAUUGACGUGUUACCGUGUUUUUACCGUAUUAACGGCGGUGUGGUUCGCGGCUUUGGACUUCCCUAGAAAAUACCUUAAUUUAACCCGACCGUACUCCCUAUAUUCAAUAGUCACUGAGUGGGAGUGCGUCUUUUUACCGUGUUAACGCAUCUCUACCCUAUUAACGGCUGUGCGUUCGCGACUUUUGGACCUUUUCGAGUCUCUGGAAAGUAGCAGACUUUGUGCGCCCCUUUAUUUCAGCCGGCCAUACAUCUAUAGUACGGUCACGGAGUAAGACGGCGUGUUUUUGCCGUAUUAGCGCGUUUUUAUCCUACGUACGGCGGUGCGGUCCGCGUCUUUCGGACCUUCUCGCCCAUCGGGUUCUCCCGUCGCGGACUUCUCGCUCCCCUUUCCCCUCUGCCAUGAUGGCGCCGUGGACUCAGACCCGUGCGUGCGUGUGGCUCACGCGCUACAUGCUCCUGACCGCGCUGCUCGCGCCCCUCCUCGCCUCGCAGUACCACGGUGAGAAGGGCAUCUCUAUCCCGGAGCACGGCUUCUGCCAGCCCAUCUCCAUCCCCCUGUGCACGGACAUCGCCUACAACCAGACCAUCAUGCCCAACCUGCUGGGUCACACCAACCAGGAGGACGCCGGGCUGGAGGUGCACCAGUUCUACCCGCUGGUGAAGGUGCAGUGCUCCCUGGACCUCAAGUUCUUCCUGUGCUCCAUGUACGCCCCGGUGUGCACGGUCCUGGAACAGGCCAUCCCGCCCUGCCGCUCCCUGUGUGAGCGCGCCCGCCAGGGCUGCGAGGCGCUCAUGAACAAGUUCGGCUUCCAGUGGCCGGAGCGACUGCGCUGCGAGAACUUCCCGGUCCACGGCGCCGGGGAGAUCUGCGUGGGGCAGAACACGACGGACUCGGACUCGUCGCCGCCGGAGUCUCGCCCGACGCCGCACCUACCCGACCUGGUGACGCUCCCGCCCUUCAGCGGCCGCGGCCCCAAGCCGUUCUCCUGCCCGCUGCAGCUCCAGGUGCCCUCGUACCUGAACUAUAACUUCAUGGGCGUGAAGGACUGCGGCGCCCCCUGCGAGCUCGCCAAGCCCCACGGCCUCAUGUACUUCAGGGAGGAGGAGCUGAAGUUUGGGAAGCUUUGGGUGGGCGUUUGGUCGAUCCUGUGCUGCGUGAGCACCCUGUUCACCGUGCUCACCUAUCUGGUGGACAUGAGGCGGUUCCGCUACCCCGAGCGGCCCAUCAUCUUCCUGUCGGGCUGUUACUUCAUGGUGGCGGUGGUCUACACGGCCGGCUUCUUCCUGGACGACAAGGCGGUCUGCAUCGACAAGUUCAAGGAGGACGGGUACCGCACGGUGGCCCAGGGCACCAAGAAGGAGGGCUGCACCAUCCUCUUCAUGAUCCUGUACUUCUUCGGAAUGGCGUCGUCCAUCUGGUGGGUCAUUCUGUCCCUGACCUGGUUCCUCUCGGCGGGGAUGAAGUGGGGCCACGAGGCCAUCGAGGCCAACUCCCAGUACUUCCACCUGGCGGCGUGGGCGGUGCCCGCCGUGAAGACCAUCACCAUCCUGGCCAUGGGCCAGGUGGACGGCGACCUCCUCACGGGCGUCUGCUACGUGGGCAUCCACGACGUGGACUCGCUGCGGGGCUUCGUGCUGGCGCCGCUCUUCGUCUACCUCUUCAUCGGGACGUCCUUCCUGCUGGCGGGCUUCGUGUCCCUGUUCCGGAUCCGGACCAUCAUGAAGCACGACGGCACCAAGACGGAGAAGCUGGAGAAGCUGAUGGUGCGCAUCGGGGUGUUCUCGGUGCUGUACACGGUGCCCGCCACCAUCGUCAUCGCCUGCUACUUCUACGAGCAGGCCUUCCGGCCGCAGUGGGAGCGCACGUGGCACCAGCAGACGUGUAAGCGCUUCGCCGUGCCCUGCCCGGCGGGGGACUUCGCCCCGGUCACCCCCGACUUCACGGUCUUCAUGAUCAAGUACCUGAUGACCAUGAUCGUGGGGAUCACGUCGGGGUUCUGGAUCUGGUCGGGGAAGACGCUGCAGUCCUGGAGGAGGUUCUACCGCAGGUUGACUAAUAGCGCGCAGGGCGAGACCACCGUGUAGACCCUCCCCCUCUUUGCCAACAGGACUGUAGGCCUGUUGGCGAGAGGGGGUCGGGGAGGGGGGGACGAACAGUUAGAAGGACUAAAAGGACCUGUGGAUUUAUUGGAGCUUGAGUCAAGGACGUGGGUUCCCACACACACACACACACAUGCACACGGCGGGCGUUGAGGAUCUGAGGAGAUGGAUUCUGUAAGAGGGUGUUCUGCCAGAGUGUCCUGUGAGAGGAGUGUGUCCUCCAGAAAUGUGUUUGAGAGGAGUGUUUCCUCAAAGAGUGUAUCCUCCAAAGAGUGAUCUCCUCAAAGAGUGUUCUCAAGAAACGUUAGUUCCCUCCUGGCCUGACUCAGAGGGUCUGUGGUCCUCCCCCGGUCCUGAACCGCCCUCAGUUCCCCCUGGGACCCCCGACGCCAAGACGUUCUCUACGGGGGACCCCCCCCCCCCCCUCCACGUCUCAAAAACUGAUUUCUAUUUUUCUAGUCCCCCCGUGGACAAAGCGAUGACGUCUGUACGGAGUGAGCCCCUCACGCCACAUUAAGUGUUCCUGUUCUGUUUCUCUUCAUGGUUUUGUUUUGUUCACCGACGGACUGUGACCGGACGGUAUGGAUGUGGUCUUCAGCGGACCUUGGUGUGGGUCUCGAACCCUCAGCCCUAAACUAAAGCCCAUCCACUGUCCUAACGGCACUAAGAUGGCCGCCGCCGGGGCAGACUUAAGUUUUUUUUUUAUUUUGCCCAUUCCUUACACUCCUGUGUGGUUCUUUUUCAAGUAUUCUUUUCCAAGUUUAUGGUGCUGCUAAUUUCAUAUUUGUUUAGCGCAGGCUAUCUCGCUUAGCACAGGCUAGUUUAGCACAGGCUCGCUCGGCACAGCCUAGCUCAGCCACGAUCUUAAAAACUGAAGAAUUUCACCAUUCACACACAAACACAUCUUUUCUAAAAACCUGUUAUGGAAUAUAUCAGAAAAUCUGCCUCAUUUUAAACGCUGAACAUAAUUUGUAAAUAUACACUCGUUGACAGAACAUAUGUAUUUAUAAGAUUUUUUUUU